AUGCCAGUGCCUGGAUUUCAGCCUCGCAACACUCCCGGUAGCCAGUCCCAGUUCAAUCGUCAUCCAUCCCUUUUAUCGCCUUCCAGCGCCGCAGCUGGUCCUUCCAUCGAGCUAGACACCUUUCAGCCCGACCGUGGUAAAGAAAGAGAUCGCAGAGGGCGGGGGAAAAGACUUCAGAAACUUGAAACCCUCGCCGAACGAGAAGCCAUGAAGUUCUCCCACAGUAUCCAGUUCAAUGCGGUGCCGGACUGGAGCAGCAACUACAUCUCCUACAGCAACCUAAAGAAACUCAUCUAUACUCUCGAAAAGCAGAUCAACAAGCCCCCAGGCGAGGUUCAAGAUGAGGAAAACACCACUUUGCUCAAUGGGCAGCUGGACCCUGAUACCACCUUCAAGCGCAUGCUCGACUCCGAGCUAGACAAGGUCUGCUCCUUCUACCGCUUGAAAGAACUUGAGAUCUUUGGCGAGCUCGAUCAACUGCUCAAGGAUGCUGAAAAUUACAAGAACGAAACUAAAGACAUUGAUAUGGAGGAUGUGGUCGACCUCGAAAAUCGAAGGAAGGUCUCGAGGUCACAGAGCAUAUUCAACGUGCCUUUCCGGCGAAAGAGGAGGACUUCCACUAUGAGUAUCAGUGUGGAGGAGGAACCUGAAGAUGAUGACAGCGACAGCGAUGCCGAAGACAGCGCCCAUAUGAUCAAGAAGAAACCCCCCACGAAGCCGAGAAGCAAGAGCGUUUGGGCUGGCUCAGAACACACUUCUGGCGCAAAUGGCGCCAUGUCGGAAUCUCGAGAAGACCUGCGCUCCUCAGCCGAGUCGGCUUUUCUCAGGAGGAGGCCUAGUCUGGCUCUGGAAUUGGAUGCUUCCGACCCUGGCCAGCUAUCCGCUCUAUAUGACUCGGCCAUCAACUUGAAGAAGAGGAUCAUCAGCCUGUACGUCUCGCUAGCUGAGUUGAAGUCCUUCAUCCAGCUCAACCAAACCGGUUUCAAAAAGGCCGCCAAAAAGUUCGACAAGGUGUGCGACAGAGAUAUUCGGAAAAGCUACAUGGAUAAAGUCGUUAAUCGUUCGUACCCCUUCCUUGAUACCACCAUUAAACGUCUCGACGAGAACAUUGAUAAGGUGGAAAAGGUCUACGCUGAGAUCGUCACGAAGGGUGACCAGAAUAUGGCUCGUAGAGAACUUCGUCUCCAUCUCCGUGAACAUGUCGUUUGGGAGAGAAAUACCGUUUGGCGAGAAAUGAUCGGUAUCGAGCGAAAAGCACAAGCUGCCAAUUUCGGCAUCAGACAGACUCUUCUGGGUGGCGCACAGGACCCUUCCCAAGCCAGAUUACAAGGAGAUCGUGAUACAGUGGAUACCAAGGAAUUCCAGACGCCUGUCGGUCGAUAUCGCUGCCCGAGGUGGCUGUUCAGUUCGACUUUCUUCGCCCUGGUCUCCAUCUUGGCCAUCUUCUUAGUCCUUCUGCUCGUUCCCAUUAUGAAGAAACCAGAACAGCAGAAUUGCCUGGCCAUGCUAGUCUUUGUUUCCUUACUCUGGGCCACCGAAGUUAUCCCUCUGUUUGUCACGUCACUUAUGGUUCCGUUCCUAGUGGUGGUGCUGCGAAUCAUGCGGACCGAGGAGAAGCCAUAUCAACGGUUGGAUUCAAAAGCAGCAACCAAGGCCGUCUUCGCAGCCAUGUGGACGCCAGUCAUCAUGCUACUCCUAGGUGGCUUUACUAUCGCCGCAGCUCUCUCCAAAUACCAUAUUGCCAAGAUGAUGGCAACUUUCGUUCUCAGCAAGGCCGGUACGAAGGCGCGAACCGUCUUGAUCACCAACAUGUUUGUUGGGAUGUUUCUGAGCAUGUGGAUUUCCAACGUCGCUGCUCCUGUAUUGUGCUUCAGCAUCAUCCAGCCAAUGUUACGCAAUCUCCCCGCCGACAGCAACAUGGCUAAAGCUCUCAUUUUGGGUAUUGCAUUAGCUUCCAACAUCGGCGGCGCUGCUUCUCCCAUCGCUUCGCCUCAGAAUAUCAUCGCUUUACAGAAUAUGAAGCCCAACCCAAGUUGGGGAGUAUGGUUCUUUAUCGCGCUUCCAGUCUGCAUCAUCACUAUUAUUCUUAUCUGGCUCCUCCUCCUUGUAACAUUCAAACCCGGCCGAGGCAUCACCAUCGUUCCUAUCCGGCCCAUGAAAGACAAGCUCAACGGAUUGCAGUACUUCAUCAUCUUCGUCACCCUCGUGACCAUCGUGCUCUGGUGCACCUCGCACCAACUGGAAGGUGUCUUCGGAGACAUGGGCGUGAUCGCAAUUAUCCCGAUGAUUCUGUUCUUCGGCACAGGCAUCCUGACGAAAGAGGACUUCAACAACUUUCUCUGGACAAUCAUCAUCCUCGCCGCUGGAGGCCUGUCUCUCGGCCGUGCCGUCAGUUCGUCUGGUCUUCUGCAUACGAUCGCCAAGGGUAUCACGGACAACGUCGCUGGGAUGAGCGUCUAUGGGGUGCUCAUUGUUUUCGCUUCUUUGAUCCUCGUGGUUGCCACCUUCAUCUCCCAUACCGUCGCCGCACUUAUCAUCUUGCCCCUCGUCCAGCAGGUUGGCGCCAAUAUGGCCGAACCUCACCCUAACCUGCUCGUCAUGGGUAGUGCCCUGAUGUGCAGUGCCGCAAUGGGUUUGCCAACUAGUGGAUUCCCGAACAUGACCGCAAUCAUGAUGGAAGUCCCCGAGACCGGUGUACGGUACCUGCAAGUCAAGCACUUCCUAACCCGAGGUGUCCCCGCGUCUAUUCUCGCGUUCGGCGUCAUCGUCACCGUUGGGUAUGGCUUGAUGAUAGCCGUUGGACUGUAA